AGACUGUUCGAAGUCUGCAUGCUUGGAUUUUUAGCAUCCGAAGGGGAUUUUAGUGAAGUGCAUCUGUGGCCAAAACAUGGUGGGCAGGCAAUAAGGCUUGACAGAAGAUGCGACGGGGGUGGUGGCUCGUCAGAUGGCUGGGGACAGGAAUGGCAAUCCUCUCUUUGCUAAACCACAGCUGGGGCCAGGACACAGAAGAGUGUAAGCUGUCUCGACCAGGCCCCCCUGCAACCAUCGUGACCAUCGAUGAGGAAAGCCCCAAUGGUACAGUUUUGGUGGAGAACAUGCAGAUUAAUGGUCGAGCCCAAGACCCAGGAAGAACGAUCUCGCUGACGUUACUGGAUAACUACGACUACUGGGUGAUACUGGAACCAGCCCGACAGCGGCUCUACCUCAACAGCACUGGUCGAGUCCUGGACAGAGAUCCCCCACACUAUAUCACCACCAUCGUGGUCCAGAUCCAGUGCACCAAUGAGCUGGUUGGUACAGUCAUUUUGCACGAGGUCCGGAUUGUUGUGAGGGACAGGAACGACAACACCCCUCGCUUUCAGCAGCCACGCUACUAUGUCGCAGUGAAUGAGCUCACGCCAGUGGGAACGACCAUUUUCACUGGCUUCUCAGGAAAUAACGGUGCCACGGACAUUGACGACGGGCCCAAUGGACAUAUCGAAUACAGCAUCCUUUACAACCCCAAUGACCCGGAUUCGAACAGAACAGUGAGCGUCGCAAACACCCUGUCAGGACACAUUAUUCUAGCAGAGAGGCUGAACUACGAGGAAAGAACCCGCUACCUGGUUUUGGUCCAAGCCAAUGACCGCGCUCCGUACCCUCCAAACAGACGCACAGCUACCACCACUCUGACCCUGGACGUUCUUGACGGAGAUGACCUGGGACCCAUGUUCCUGCCUUGUGUUCUCGUGAACAACACCCGAGACUGCAACCCCCUCACCUAUCGAGUGGCCAUCCCUGAAUUCACUGACCCGAGCAAACUAAACCCACUGAAUGUGACCCCUCCAAUCCGUGCUGUGGACAUGGACAGAAACAUACAGCCCCCGUCAGACAGACCAGGCAUCCUUUACUACAUCCUAGUUGGUCAUCCAGCUGCAUAUCGAGAGUAUUUCUCCUUAAACCGAACCACUGCAGAGCUGCGUGUUCUGCAGCCAAUCAGCAGGGACUUGUUUCAAAGGUUCACACUCAUCAUCAAGGCUGAACAGGACAACGGUCAUCCCCUCCCUGCCUAUGCUGACCUCAUCAUUGAAAUCUUGGAUGAGAAUAACCAGGCACCGUAUUUCCAGUUUGCCACCUAUCAGGGCUAUGUGAGCGAGUCGUCCCCCGUUGGUACGACUAUCUCAGCCAGCGCCAACCUUACCACACCCUUGGAAAUCGUUGCUCUAGACAACGACAUCGAGGAGCUGGUUCCCGGUGAUACACCUACCAAAGACCCCAUGGUGAAGGUAACCCUGGAUGACUACACUGCAAUCUUUGGCCUGACCCCAACCGGAAUAAUCCGCUACCUGAAGCUGCUCAAACCCGUGGACCGAGAGAAGCAGAUGAUCUAUACGUUCACGAUGGUAGCAUCAGAUGGCGUCCAGCAGAGCAUCCCCGUUACUGUAAACAUCCUGGUCAUUGAUGCCAAUGACAACACACCCACGUUCGCGGAGGUGUCCUACAGCGUUGAGGUGUUCACAGACAUGCAGCCGGGCGAGACUGUGCUACAGCUGACAGCAGCAGAUGCUGAUGAGGGCCUGAAUGGUUUGGUGACUUAUGAGAUUCUGGCUGGUGCUCAGGGAGACUUCAUCAUCAGUAAUCGCACUGGACGCAUUACAGUGGCUCCUGGUGUCACUUUAAUUGUGGGACGUUCUUACGCAUUGACUGUCAAGGCCUCUGACAACGCACCAGAAACCCAGAGAAGGAGCUCUAUCACCACUGUGUACAUUGAAGUUUUGCCUCCCAACAACCAGAGCCCCCCACGCUUCCCUCUGCUCACCUACAACCUGGAAGUCAGCGAGGCCAUGAGGAUAGGAGCCAUACUGCUCAAUCUGCAGGCCACUGACAGAGAAAAUGACCCGAUCACAUACCGCAUUGUGAGCGGGGAUUCCCAGAAGGUCUUCAACCUCUCUGAAACGAUUGGCCUUCUACUCCUGGGAAAGCCAUUGGACAGAGAAACUACAGAUCAGUACCGUCUGAUUGUCACAGCCUCCGACGGCAACCCUGGAGGGACAUCCACCACAACUGUGAACAUCGUCGUCACUGACGUCAACGAUAAUGAUCCCGAGUUCGACCCCACCAUGUCAACAAACUUUACUGUCCAAGAGGAAGAGGCCAUCCUGUUUGUGGGACAAAUCACUGCCACAGACCCAGACGCAGGAGCUAACGGCCAGGUGCGCUACCGCAUUGUGAAUCAUCCUGACUUGUUUACAAUCAGCGCUAAUGGCAGCAUCUACACAAGAGUGCCACUUGACCGGGAGCUUCGGAGCCAAUACAACCUGGUAGUCGAGGCUUCAGACGGAGCAGUGGAUCCCCGGCGGACUGCUCUGACUGUCUCCAUCCAGGUCAUGGAUAUCGAUGACAACAGCCCAGUCUUCUCCCAGCAAACAUAUGUGGUGAACGUACCUGAGAACAGUCCUGUGGGAACAGUGGUCUUGAAGCUGAGUGCAGUGGACUCAGACCUCUUCUCAAACGUCACGUACCGGAUCAAGACUGAAUCUGCCAGACAGUUGUUCUCUCUGAACCCUGUCACGGGGGAGUUAGCUGUGCUGCAGACCUUGGACUUCGAGGACUUGGCAGCUAUGGGCAUGGGGGCCUUUUACACUUUCCAGGUGGAGGCUGUUGACCAAGGAGGCAUCAUGCCCCCGGGGCAAGCUACCGUCACGGUUCGGAUCACGGAUAUGAAUGACUUCUCUCCCAUCUUUAGCCAAGACCUGUAUAAGGGCCUGGUGGCCCCAAAUGCAGAGAAAGGAACCGUCAUCACCACUGUUUUUGCUACAGACCAGGAUCCACCAGGAACUCCAGCCAGUUUUGUCCGCUACAGAGUGGACCAUGACAGGUCACCGUACAGCGGGAGCAUCUUUGAUGUGGAGGAGGAGAGUGGUAGAGUUAUCACCAAGGUCAACCUUAAUGAAGAGCCCAGUGUUACCUUUAAGCUGUUCCUCAUCGCCUUUGAUGACGGCGAGCCGGUGAAGACUAACAGCACUUUGGUCGAGAUCACUGUCCUUCAGCCCUCUCGUAUACCGAUCUUCACCCAGGAAGAGUACAGGUUUCCUCCAGUGAGCGAGCUGGCUCCCAAUGGCACAGUAGUGGGAACCAUUCUAGCUGCUGCUAUCAACCAAACCAUCUUCUACUCCAUUGUGGCCGGAAAUGAACUAGGUCAUUUCGAGGUGAACAACAAGACAGGCGUCAUCUCCACAGCUGAACCUCUGGAUUAUGAAAAUGUGACCUCCUACGUGCUCCGGGUUCAGGCUGACUCCAUGGUGGUGGUCAUGUCCAACCUGCGAGUGCCUUCAAAAACCAAUACAGCCAAGGUGUACAUCGAAGUGGAGGAUGAGAAUGACCACCCACCCGUCUUCUCCAGGAAGCUCUACAUAGGUGGCGUAACAGAGGACACCAAGAUCUUCAGCUCAGUGCUCAAGAUAGUGGCCACUGAUAAGGACACUGGGAACUACAGUAAGAUGGCUUACCGGCUGAUUAUCCCACCCACAGCUGAGGGCCAGGACAGCUUUGUCAUUGAGACCUACACGGGAAUCAUCAAGUCGGCCAUUAUGUUCCGUAACAUGCGCAGGUCCUACUUCACCUUUAAGGUUAUUGCCACGGAUGAUUAUGGGAAAGGUCUCAGCAGCAGCGCUGAAGUGGUGGUUUCUGUGGUCAACGCUUUGGACAUGCAGGUCGUUGUGUCCACAGUCCCACCAACUUUGGUGGAAGAGCACAGGGAGGAACUCAUUAGAAUUCUGGAGCGCCAUGUUCAGGACCAGAUACCAGGUGCUAAGGUGAUUGUGGAGUCCAUUGGUCCACGCCGUCAUGGUGAUGGAUUUGAACUGGAGGACUACAGCAAGUCUGACCUGAUGGUGUAUGCCAUUGACCCACUCACAAACAGAGCCAUUUCGCCCAAGGAGCUUUUCAAAUUUCUUGAUGGGAACGUUCUGGAAAUCAACAAGGAGUUCCAGCCAUACCUGGGUGAAGGUGGCCGCAUUCUGGAGAUCCGAUCUCCAGAUGUGGUUGCCAGCGUAAAGAAAGCAGCCCAGGCUGUGGGCUACACAGAGGGAGCUCUCCUGGCUCUGGCCAUCAUUAUCAUCCUGUGCUGCAUCCCUGCCAUCCUCAUCGUCAUGGUCACCUACAAACAGUUCAAAGAGCGUCAGGCUGAGUGUGCCAAAACUGCCAGGAUUCAGAUGGCUCUACCACCAGGAGGGAAAGCGCCUCCUGCUGCGGCUCCCAGUGCUAACCUCUAUGAAGAGUUGGGUGACAGCACCAUUGGGAGGCGAGGCUACGGCAGACAGCAACAGCAACUGCUGAGGCCAUCUCUUCUGAGACCUGAGGAACUCUCCAUGGAGUCAGGUAUCGACCCGGGCCAGGACUACUACACGCAGGACUACUAUAAUUACGACCAAGGGUAUGACCUUCCUCAAUAUGGCAGUCGGAGGCGGCUGAUUACUCCCAUGUAUGAUGAAUAUGGAGAGGUGAUCGUAGAGGAUGAUGGGUAUUUCUACAGUCCUCAUGGCCCUGAGGUGGGGAAAAAGAAGCGGAUCAAGCUGGUAGUAGAUCGAGAGAAUGAAACCAGCUCGACAGGAGAGGAGAGCACCACCGAGACUCAGCGCAACCGACUCCCCAACAGCCACAGCAACAUCAACGGAAACAUCUACCUCUCACAGAACGGCACCAUCGUCAGAACCAGGCGACCACCACACCCAAACAACCUGAAGGUGGGCUCUCCGUGCCGGCUGGGUAAGCAUUUUAAAAAACUGGACAAGUUGGGCGUGACACACGAAGAGCCUCCUCCGAUCAUUAGCAUCGAGGGGAACAACACAGACAUCGGGACGGGCACGUGUGUUCCCUCCAGUGUGGACGUCAACUUAAACACUCAGUCCUCCUGUGGCACGCUGGGAUCCACCAACACAAUUCUUCGAAGUUUUGGAUCCAGGAACAAUAUUGCUAAGAGCUUGAUUGAAAGGAACAGCAUUGGUCCCUGUGUCAACCAGGAGCAAGAGACUUCUGUUGACAACCACAAGGCCAGCAGGGAGACGCUGGAGUCCCACAGUGACCACACGUUAUCGGAUGAGGAGGAGUUAUGGAUGGGGCCCUGGAACAGCCUGCACAUACCAAUGACAAAACUCUGA